CACGGGAUGGUUACACUGAGAUCGGGGGAAGGCGGGAGGAAACGUGCAACCACACACACACACACACACACACACACAGCAUCCCUCUGCUGCAAGCAUUGCAGUAUAAGGAUUAGGAGCAUCCCUCUUAAUUGUCAGCAUGGCAGAAGGAUCCGAGUCGGCGUCUUUGGCCGAGGUUGAGAUGGCGUUCAAGAAAUUUGCAGUGCAUGGAGACACCAAAGCCACGGGGAAGGACAUGACCGGGAAGAACUUUUCCAAGCUGUGCAAGGAUUGCAAGGUGAUCGACGGUAAAAGUGUCACCAGCACUGACGUGGACAUCGUCUUCAGCAAAGUGAAAGCCAAGUCUGCACGUGUGAUCACAUUGGAGCAGUUUACCCAGGCAUUAGCGGAGUUGGCCCCAAAGCGCUUUAAGGGGAAGAGCCAGGAAGAGGCCCAGCAGCUGGUUUAUGGCCUUAUCGCAGGCAAAGAGCCUGCGAACGUGGGCAUCACGAAAGCGGCAAAAGCGGGAGCUGUAGACCGCUUGACGGACAGCAGUAAGUACACCGGCUCUCAUAAGGAGCGCUUUGACGAGUCUGGAAAGGGGAAAGGCAAAGCCGGAAGAGAGGAAAUCCCCGACAGUAGCGGCUACGUGAGUGCAUACAAAGGCCAAGGCAGUUACGAGAGCAAAGUGAAAGAAGAACAAUAAGAAGAAAAGGAAGAGUCUGAUUAUCCUGAUGCAUGUAUUAUUGUGUGUUAUGGACAAUAGAAUGUAUAUCUGCUUCAUACCUGUAGAAAAACCUCCAAAGCAAACUAAACUUCAAAGGCCAUGGUCCUUUACAGAAACUUCCUGCGUGUUUUAACGUCUGCCAACACUUAAGCAACCCCUCUCGAUCACAUUCCAGCAAUGUUCUCAAAGUCCUUCCUCUCGCUUCCUUUCCUAAUAUUGGUGCCUUAUUGUAGCGUUCAUCACUAACACUGUAGCUUAAUUGUGCUGUGAGAACUUCAGUAGCUUUUCUUGUAAAAAAGAACCGACACUAUUUAUUUUUAAGCUAACGGUGCAUCCCAGGGAUGAUUGGGAAAGUGGUAUAGUAGCAUUCCCUUCUCUGCAAUAUUUACUAUACUAUUUAAUCUGUCACCAUGUAGAAAGUUAAGACAACGAUAUCUUAGUGGUGAAAUUCGCAAGGUUUUUUUUUUAAACAUGAAAAUCGAUAAAGAGUUGCCAAAGUUAGACACAAAGUUCAUCAACAUCCUUGCUUACAAAUUUCUGCUAUGCUGCUGACUUUGUGCAUUUAACUUUCAGUCUGUAUCUGUUACGUAACUCUGAAUAUUCCCGAAUAAAGUGUCUCCUCCAA